AUGCUUUACCUAGUUGGAUUUGGACUGCAUUCGUACAAGGACAUAACUCUCAGGGGACUGGAGGCUGUCAAAAGCAGUACCAAGGUGUAUCUCGAAAGCUACACAUCGAUCCAUGGAGAGCCGCUUGAUGAGUUUGAGGAACUUAUAGGAAGAAAGGUGUGCCUUGCAGACAGAGAGAUGAUGGAGCAGACGGAUAGGAUAGUUGAUGAAUCGUCUCGAGAGGAUGUUUCCCUGCUUGUUGUUGGAACGCCACUAUUUGCAACAACUCACUCAGACAUAAUAAUAAGGGCAAAGGAGAAGGGGGUGAAUGUAGAAGUGAUCCACAACGCCUCGAUCAUAAAUGUCUUGGGAUGCUGUGGACUCUACUCAUACUCUUUUGGAAGAGUGGUGUCCAUCCCAUAUUUCGUGGGUAGGUGGAGGCCAACAAGCUUCUAUGAAAACAUAGUAAGGAACUAUCAGAACGGGCUCCAUACCCUGUGCCUGCUAGAUAUAAAGACCGAUGAAAAUAGGUUUAUGAGUGUCAACGAGGCCAUUGACCAGAUUCUUGAAUCUGCCAGGACUCUCGGCUCUGAUCUCAUCAACGAAGAUACAAGGGUCUUUGCAAUCUGUAGGUUUGGAUCACCCAAGGAAGAAACGGCGUACGGAAGAAUUGGGGACAUGAAAGAAAGAACAUUUGGAGAGCCUCUCCAUUCGUUAAUAAUACCUGCAAGGCUAGAUAGGGUUGAGGAAGAGCUUGUCGGGUCCCUGCUCAAAUAA